CAAUGUAACUUAACUUAUUUAUUGUGCUAAACUUUAUAUUCACAAAGGCUUUAAAUAAACGCAAAUAAAGUAAAAUGGUGAUUCUUCACGUCAAAAGAGGUGAUGAAAGUCAAUUUUUAUAUGAAACCAAUGUUAGCAACUCGGUCGACGAAGUUGUUAAGGACAUAGUGGCAAUAUUCAACGGGAGACUUAAAGUGGAUCGACUUUGCUAUGAAAUAGAGGAACUACAGAAGCACGGUACAUUUCUACCGCCAGAGAUGCAAGGCUUAACGGAGGAACAGAUAACGGAACUAAAACUGGAAGAUCCAUGGGCCAAGCGUUGUGCUCCAACUGGCUAUGUAGAAGCCAAGGACGAGAUGGGACGACGUUGUGGUUUGGCCCCGCCACCUAACCUUCAAGCGGUAUUGGCUAAAGCAGCUGAAACUGCUAAAGAGUACAUUAGCAAGAAACAUGUAAAUCUAUACAAGUGUUUAACCCAGAAAGAUGUAUCAAAGGCCCUCGAUGAGCUUAGAGGAGCUACUAAGAUCGUAUUUCCAGCGGGCCUGCCGCCUCACGAUCCUGUUCGUAUGGAAUUAGACAAUGUUGAAGACCUAUCUGGUACCCAGGCUUCCAAGGAGGUCAUUGAUCCCGCGAGAGCUUGCCUAUGGGCUUGUGGGAAGAAACUACUGAACGGAAAUAAGAUUAGUGACCAUCUUGGUAACAAUGAUAAGACCAAGGUAACAGUGAAACUCUGCUCCUCAUCCGAGGGUGCUCCAGGAAGGGAGCCGAUCAUGACUGAAGAUGACAGGAAGCAGCUUAUGCUCCAGGCUUAUAGGAAACAGGAGGAGUGGAAGAAAUUGGAGCAGGACGAUGAUGACCACUAUCUGAAUUCCAAAUGGGCUGAUGGGCAGGACAUGAAGCGACAGUUCCACGGUCUCAAUAACAUAUCUUGGAAACCCGUUAUGAAGCAAUAGAUU